AAAUUUCCAGUUUGGAGGCACCACUUGCUGAAGAAUAAUUCUGAUAAUGGAAUAGAAGUUUUAUGUUCAUGAAACACAAUAAAAAAUAUAUAUCUAACCUCUUUAUGGCUUGUAAACACAUGGACUGUUUGAAGAAGAGUAUCAAUAAAUAAUGUAAUAGUUUCAGUCAUUUAUUAAGAAGAAAUUUUGAAUAAUUCAUCACGAUUCAAAAACAAAAUUUUUACCUGAUAAAUAUGAAUGCUAUACAUACUAUUGUUAAUCGCAGGAUAAUGACAAACCAGCAUAAAAAAUUAAUUUAUCCAGCUGCUGAACGUAAUAAAGAGCCAAUACUUCAAGUUCUCAAAAGAAUCAUUCGUCCUGGUUCAAAUCAAGUUUGUCUUGAAAUAUCAUCAGGUUCUGGUCAACACAUUGCUCAUUUUGCUCCACAUUUUCCUCAAGUAACAUUUUAUCCUUCUGAAUGUGAACCGUCUUUAUUAGAAAGUAUAUCUGCUCAUGCCACUAAUUUAACAAACGUCAAUGAGCCAUCCUUAAUAGAUGUAGCAACUGAUUAUAAAACAUGGCCUGGUGAUUUAUUCAAAGAAAAAAGUACCGAUUAUAUUUACAAUUCAAAUAUGAUGCAUGUAUCACCAUUUAAAUGUACAAUUGGUUUAUUUGAAAACGCUGAUAAAUUACUCAAUUCAAAUGGAACACUAAUUACAUACGGACCAUAUGCAAUUGACGGUAAAAUAACUCCAGAAAGUAAUGUUGAAUUUGAUAAAUCAAUAAGAUCUCAAAACUCAGAAUGGGGAUUGAGAGAUAUUCGAGAUUUAGAAAAAUUAGCAACUAAAAAUAAUUUAAAGCUUAUUGAAAUGGUUGAUAUGCCAGCUAACAAUAAAAUUUUAAUAUGGAAAAGAACAACAGAACACAAUUUCUAAUUAUACAUUAAUAAAAUAAAACUAUGAUUAAAUUUAUAUUUAAUAAAUUUACGUUUACUUUUUUAUUGAGUAUAAAUAAAUAUGUAUAAUUUAAAUAAAUGUAAACAGUGUAUAUUA